CUCGCGUUUGUUGGCGACACUCAGGCUCCCCGAGUUCCGUCCCUGCCUUGCGCUCGCGCUCGUUCGCAGGGUUCCGGGUCCGGCUUGCUCGGCGGCGGCUGCGCGCACGCUGCCCAGCCGGGUCCCCGCCCCCAGGCGCGCGAGAUUCCGGGGCAACACAGCCAUGUGCUCGUUAGCGUCGGGCGCUGCGGGCGGCCGGGGCGCUGUGGCGGACGAGGACGACCUGCCGGAGCUGUCCGACAGCGGUGACGAGGCCGCCUGGGAGGACGAGGACGAUGCUGAGCUCCCCCACGACAAGCAGCAGACCCCCUGCCUGUUCUGUGACAGGUUAUUUACAUCUGCUGAAGAAACGUUUUCACACUGUAAGUCUGAGCAUCAAUUUAAUAUUGAUAACAUGGUCCAUAAACAUGGACUUGAAUUUUAUGGAUACAUUAAACUAAUAAAUUUUAUUAGACUUAAGAAUCCUACAGUUGAGUAUAUGAAUUCCAUAUACAACCCAGUGCCUUGGGAGAAAGAAGAGUAUUUGAAGCCAGUAUUAGAAGAUGACCUAUUACUUCAGUUUGAUGUAGAAGAUCUUUAUGAACCAGUGUCAGUGCCAUUCUCAUACCCCAAUGGACUCAGUGAAAACACAUCUCUUGUUGAGAAGUUGAAACAUAUGGAAGCCAGGGCACUGUCUGCUGAAGCUGAAUUAGCUAGAGCACGUGAGGAUCUGCAAAGAAUGAAACAAUUUGCUCAGGAUUUUGUGAUGAACGCAGAUGUCAGAACCUGCUCGUCAUCUACUGCCAUCGCAGACCUCCAGGAAGAUGAGGAUGGUGUUUAUUUCAGCUCAUACGGGCAUUAUGGGAUACAUGAAGAAAUGCUGAAGGACAAAGUACGAACAGAAAGUUACCGAGAUUUUAUGUACCAAAAUCCACAUAUCUUCAAAGACAAGGUAGUUCUGGAUGUUGGUUGUGGAACUGGAAUUCUCUCUAUGUUUGCAGCUAAAGCUGGGGCAAAGAAGGUUCUUGGAGUUGAUCAGUCUGAAAUACUUUACCAGGCAAUGGAUAUCAUAAGAAUAAAUAAACUUGAAGAUACUAUUACACUAAUUAAAGGAAAGAUUGAAGAAGUUUGCCUUCCUGUAGAAAAAGUAGAUGUUAUUAUAUCUGAGUGGAUGGGCUAUUUUCUUCUUUUUGAGUCUAUGUUAGAUUCUGUCCUUUAUGCGAAGAACAAAUACUUGGCAAAAGGAGGAUCAGUCUACCCUGAUAUUUGCACUAUCAGCCUUGUGGCAGUAAGUGAUAUGAAUAAACAUGCUGAUAGAAUUGCUUUUUGGGAUAAUGUUUAUGGCUUCAACAUGUCCUGUAUGAAGAAAGCAGUUAUUCCAGAAGCUGUUGUGGAAGUUUUAGAUCCGAAGACUCUUAUUUCAGAUGCUUGUAGUAUUAAGCAAAUAGAUUGCCAUACAACAUCUGUCUCAGCUUUGGAAUUUUCUUCAAAUUUUACCCUGCAAAUUACAAAGACAUCCAUAUGCACGGCAAUUGCUGGCUACUUUGAUAUAUAUUUUGAGAAGGAUUGUCACAGCAGGGUCGUGUUCUCCACGGGCCCCCAGAGUGCCAGAACACACUGGAAACAAACAAUAUUUCUAUUGGAAAAGCCAUUUUCAGUUAAAGCAGGUGAAGCCUUGAAAGGAAAGAUCACAGUCCACAAGAAUAAGAAAGAUCCACGUUCUCUCAUUGUGACCCUCACAUUGAAUAAUUCAACUCAAACUUAUGGUCUCCAGUGAAAAGACUACAAAAAGCACAACUAACUUGCGGUUUUUAGUAUGGGGGUGGGUUAUGGGUAGGGAGUGGAGAGAGGGGGUUUUAUGUGAGCAUGUGAAUGGAUGAUGGAUCCUUUCCUAAUGAGUCUCCUCAAUACUAGAGACACAUGGUAGGAAUCUGAUAUAAUUCAGCUAAGGAAAGGAACAACAGAUCCUAGUGGACCACCUACAUAAUCACAGUCUUGGAAGUCCAGUCAGCAAGAUUUUACUAAAUGUAACCAUUAUAUUGAGUUUAGCUAUACUGAAAAUCAUUUAAAUAGGCCUAAAUUUGAAACAGAGAUAGUCUUUUGUUGUUUUUAAUGUUUCUUGCUAUAAAUUUUAAACACUAGUAACUGAUUAGUUAUUUAGAUAAUGUUUUAUUAAGCUAGUAACUGUACACAAGCUAUUAUACAUUUUAUUGCAGAUUUCUACUCUGAGGAGGAGUUUUUAAUUGUAUUAUUUGCUAGAAUAUCAGAAUAUAAUUAAAGAACAAGUGGGAGCGACUAAAAUACGGAAAAGAAUGUCACACAGAUCAUAUUUGAAAGACAGCUUAGUUGAUUAUCCUCUAGUUCUGAACUUCUUGUUUUGUAGCUUCUUUUCUCUUUGCAAAUAUUCUUUCACCAUACAAUUUUCUAGUACUGCCCAGGAAAUCUUAACAUCAAUAUAUGUAUCCUAGGUUUCAUACAAGUUUUUAAAGGUUGGGCAAAAUAAGUACUUAUUUACAAAUAUGUUACCUUUUUCAAACUAGAUUUAUGUGCAGAGUUAAACAUGUAACUGUUAGUAUACCUACAGUUGUGUUAUUUACAGUUAUUGACUCAAUUUGAAAUGCAGAAUAGAAAACAUUCAAUAAAAUAUGUACAACAACUAUUAGCAUUAUAAAAUGGUAUUUUAACAUACUAAAGCCUUUUAUAAAAUCAGAAGCAUUUAAAACAAGUCUUAACAAAGGAAUCAUCGUUAAGAAAACAGAUUUAAGGACAGCUAGGUCAUAUACUUUUUUUCAGUUAACAGCUGGUUCUUUUUCAAACUAAGACAUACACAAGGCAGCAUAGCGUAGUGUUGAGCAGUGUGAGCUCUGGAGUCACUGCCUAGGUGCAGGCUCUGGUGACAGCUCUUACUUGCUGUUGGAUCUCAGUCAUGUUCCUUAACCUCUCUCUCCCUUUGUGAAUGUGCCAGUUCAUGAGUUAAUACAUUUCAACUACUUCAAUCAGUGGCUGGCACAUAGAAGACACUCAGUAAAUGCUAGGUGGUCUUAUCAUUAGGCAGUCAAGGAUCCCUUUCAUGGAAUAUGUGCUAUCUACAUUAGAUUCGUUGGGGAAUCGAAUACUACCCUUAAGUACAUGAAUGGGUGGGAAAAUUUUAACAGAAAUUAAUAUUUAAUAUAGCAAAAACUAUUUUGAAAAUUGUCUCUUGGUCUUAGAAAACUGGACUACUAGCAAUGGGAAAAUUAACCCCUUCAAAUGCUGUAUUUCAGACCAUCAUCUUUUAAGUCUUGUUCUUAUAUAAGCAUGAUUUCUGUUUUCACUGGGGUUAAACCAGCCAACUUGUUUUUGAUUUAGAACAUUAAUAGAAAUAUGUGGUGCUUAUAAUAUAGCUCAAAGUACUUUAAAUUUUGUCUGGAAUGACUUCAUGUACAAAUUUGAGUGUGGAAGAGUGAUGAAAAUAAGGAACCCCUGUGAAAAGAUUUAAUGGGUUUUUAAAGUAACCAAAAACUGUCUAAUUUUUUUGCUUUAUUUUUCUUUCAUGUAAGUGCAUAACAAAAUAUUUUUUACUAUUUAAAAAAGUAUUUCUCAAAAAUGAUUUUUUUUUUUAAAACUCUUGUUAGAUUUGCCUAGGAUUUUCACCUAGUGGCUCUUUUGAUUUUCUCCUGGUUAUAAAUAGGCCAACCAUAGUUGGUAGAUCUCUGUUCUUUUCAGUUUGCCUUCCCAGGCUGAAACAUUCUAAUGUGUGCCAAACAUUUUAAGAGAACAUGAGAAUCCAGAUGUUAGCUCUUUGAUUGGAAUUUCAGCCGUUAAACUGCUACAAAAAAUUAAAAUUUCAUAGCCUAUGACAAUGAUACACUGUCCUUUCAUGCUGUGACAGAUGCACAUUUAUGGAUAGCAAACUACUCUGUGCCAAGGAUUUUAUUUCAUUUCCAUUAAAAUACAUUUUCCUUCCUGUUUUUCUUUGUGAAAUUAACAUUGUUAUUUUGUAAUGUGUAGGAUGCAUCCAACUAGUCAUCUCUGUUUACUAGAACAGUAUUUUCUGGAAGGAGUAUUUCAACAAAACAACUCUUGAAGGUGUACAGCAUUGCCCAAAGUGGUCCAAUAAGGAGCCCCAAGUGCUAGGAAUACAUUGUGAAAUAAAUGAGGGAGCUGUCAUUUCACUUUGAAAUGAUCCCUGUUUGAGAGGGAGGACAAGUAAUUCUGGUCCUACAGGGUUAUUUGCUUCUUACCACUUAAUCUAGAUUAACCAAUCUGGUCCACCUGUGUUUUCCAUUAUUCUACCUUUCUUUCUUUUUAAAGUGGAAUAUCUAAAAUGUAUUGUGUGAAGUUACUGACUUGAGAUCAGCCCAUACUAAUCUGACCAGUCAACUAUCAAGUGGAGGGAGUGUGCUAACAGUACUGCUAAAAACUCUGAAUAGGAAAGAUUAAAACAGGAUCAUCUAUCACUUAGCUCCUGCCUGUCAUGCCAGAAGUGAUCAUUUAAGCUGCUUGGCUGUAGCAUAGAUCCAAAACAUCUAGAGAUUCAGAUUUUUCUGUGAAGAAUAUCUCAAAAACAUAUUAAAUAUACAAUACUGUCACGGAAUUUGGAUCUAUGAUGAAAGGCAAGGUCAGUGAGAUAGCUGAGGUCAAGCAUUGCCUACUGUGGGUUGGCAAACUAUAGCCUGGGGCCAGAUCUACCCCAUUGCUCAUAUUGAUAAGGCUUUAUUGGAGCAGAGAUAAGCUAAUAGUGUAAGUAGAAUAUUUCUUCACAAGAUUCAUUAAUGGCUGUGGCAGAGAAUAUACACCCAAUAGAACACAUUACAAAGACUAGUUUUUACAGACUUGAAGCUAAGCAACUAGAUUGUACUUCAUUUAUGAGACUUAGAGGAUUAACCAAGACUUACCCUAAUUUAAAAUAUAUAUAGAUACAGUACUUACAUAAUUGAGACUGGUGUCUGGAAUUAUAACAGUACCCUGUGCAAAGGAAAUUAGUACAAAACUUUGAAGCUGAUUAUCAACUUGAUUUAGAAAGUUUUAAUAAGGGCACCUGGGUGGCUCAGUUGGUUAAGCGACUGCCUUCAGCUCAGGUCAUGAUCCUGGACUCCCAGGAUCGAGUCUCACAUCGGGCUCCCUGCUU